AUGCUGUCCUCUACAGAAUCUCAGAACCAGAGCAUAAAUAUGUUUCUUAUUUUGGGCUUCCCUAAUACGAGGAAGGUAGAAAUUGCUCUCUUUUUUGUCUUUCUCACUAUGUACCUCCUUACUGUGACUGGUAAUAUCAUCAUCAUCAUAACUGUUAAUACAGAUAACCAUCUUCAAACCCCUAUGUACUUCUUUUUGGGAAAUUUAUCAUUACUGGAUAUAGGGUAUACUUCUUCAACUGUCCCUAAAUUGCUUUCCAUACUUUUGAUGAAUGUGCACCUAAUUUCCUUAGUUGGAUGCCUUUUGCAAUCCUACUUUUUCUUCUUCUUUGGGUCAGCUGAAUGUUUCCUCCUUUCAGUGAUGGCCUAUGACCGAUACAUGGCCAUAUGCUACCCACUCAGAUAUCCAAUAAUCAUGAAUAGAAGAAUAUGCAUUGUUUUUGUGAUUGUUUGCUGGAUAAGUGGCUGUGUAGCUCCUUUGAUAGCUGCCAUUAUGGUAAUAAAUUUACCAUUUUGUGGAACAAACAUAAUCAAUCAUUUCUUUUGCGAUAUUCCACCAUUAUUAAAACUGGCUUGUAUUGAUACAUCAUUGAUACAGCAGAUUACCUUCUUGCUUUCAGCAAUGGUGAUUCUGAGUACUUUUCUCUGCACCAUUAUUUCUUAUAUUUAUAUUGGUAUAACUAUAUUGAAAAUACCAUCUUCACAUGGUCGUCAUAAGGCUUUUUCCACUUGUGCCUCUCAUCUGACUGUUGUUUCAUUAUAUUAUGGAACUGUUAUUUUUAUGUAUGUAAGUCCAACCACCCGUUCAUCCUUUGACCUGAAUAAAGUAAUAGCUGUGAUAUACAGUGUGGUUACUCCAAUGCUCAACCCAAUGAUCUACACAUUGCGGAACCAAGAUAUGAAAACUGCUUUAAAAAGAAUGUUCAGAAUGCUGAUAAAUAGGAAAGAAUUUGAAUUAUCUAAUUGA